AUGACAAUCGUCGGAGCCCUCGUGAUUGUGGGAUUGCAGUUGGUAUCCGCUGCGCUCCAUGUGUCUCAGAAUGACAGCGCGAUCGUGAUUGCCAACGAUCGUCUGUCGGCAGUAGUGCGCAAGUCCCAGGGUCAAGUCGAGGAGUUGUUUCUCGACUGGCAGGAUCUGCUAGGACCCAAAUCCGGGUCUACUGGUAUCGGGCCUUAUCUGGACUGUUAUUGUAUCCCCUCGGGGUUUUAUACGGCUGGUGCCACCCAGCCGGUGACAGAAGUUGUCCGAGGUGUGGAUGCGACUGGCACUGCGUAUGCUGGCAUUAUCAUGACAGACAUUUAUACCCCAACGGGUCAAUUAUUCCAGCAAUACUCAUUCCUUCGUGAUGGUGAAACUGGCCUUCACAUGUUCAGUCGACUGGCGUAUUACAACAAGACUACGCCAUUCCUUCGCAACCUGCAAGAAUUUCGAACGCUCUUCCGACCCAAUACCCUGCUAUGGACGCAUUUAUCCUCGAGCGAGAUCCAGACAGCGCCAUUGCCCAGUAAGGAUGCCAUCAAGCAGCAAGUUGUCGUUCAAGACGCUACGUGGACUUUCAACAACACCCCAAGCGACCCUUAUUAUUCACAGUUCUCGGACUACUUUACCAAGAACAACAGUGUACAUGGACUUUACGCCGAUGGAACAAACUCGGCCGGGAGCACCUAUGGUGCUUGGUUGGUCAUGAACACAAAGGGCCCACUUCAUUCCGAUCUCACAGUAGACGGAAUUGUCUACAAUUAUUUGGUCUCGAAUCACCAUGGUGAAGGAACACCGAACAUCACACACGGCUUUAACAGAACUUUUGGACCGCAAUACUAUCUCUUCAAUGGUGGGAAAGGAAGUGCCAAGUCUCUGGCCGAGUUGCGCGACGAAGCCAUGAAAAUCGCCGAUCCGGGAUGGAACACUGCAUUCUACCAGUCUAUCGCCAAACACGUCCAAGGUUAUACCCCACCCAGCAAACGGGGGCGAGUGUAUGGCUGUAUCAAGCUUCCGAAGGAUGCCGUUCGGCCCAUUGCGAUCUUGAGUGCUAGUGGUCUCUAUUUCCAAGACAACAGUGCUGUUCCUCAUGCACGCCAGUACUGGGUAAAUAUCGAUUCCCAAGGGAAGUUCAGUCUUGAUCAUGUCGCGGCAGGAAUCUACCGCCUUACCGUCUAUGCCGAAGGAAUAUUCGGGGAUUUCGUGCGGGAUGAUAUCGUCGUACGGGCCGCCCGGUCGACCACGAUCCAGGAUCAUUGGAAAGAAGAGUCGGCAGGAACCGAGGUCUGGCGUUUAGGUAUUCCCGACAAGUCUUCGGGAGAGUUUCGACACGGAAACUUUCCCGAUCGGACUCAUCCUCUUCAUCCGCCCGAGUACCUGAUCUACUGGGGAGCCUACGACUGGGUCAAUGAUUUUCCUCAAGGAAUCAACUUCACCAUUGGAGAGAGCGACCCAGCGAUCGACUUGAAUACGGUCUUUGGUCCAACUCCGUCGAAUCCACACAUUGAAUACACCACCACAAAUGACUGGUUGAUUCACUUCGACUUGGAUGCGUCGCAACUGCACCAUCGCGGGACAGCUACAUUGACCAUCCAGUUGGCCGGCGCCAAAACCGCUGCCGGCAACACUGAUGCCUGGAACCCAGAGGAACCUUAUAAUAAUGUGGCGUUGGAGAGCUACAUAAACGACCAGCCUCAUCCGUUGACCCUGCUUAUUGGUUUCAAUCAAUCGAGCAGCUGUAUUGUGCGAUCUGCGGUCAGCUGUUAUCAGAUCCGCUCGCGUCUAUCGUUUCCGACGACUUGGCUCCACGAAGGGCCGAAUACACUGAGGCUGCACCUUCCAUUCAACGCGACCGAUGUGGAGACGGCAAUUCUACCAGGUACGGUUUAUGUGCAGUACGAUGCGCUACGACUUGAAAUUGGCCGAUAG